AUGUGGAUCUACGGUACCAUCUCGGAAUCGAUUCUUGACACGGUUCUUAAAGCAAAGUGCUCUGCUCGUGACUUGUGGCUUACCAUCGAGGCUCUCUUUCGUGACAACAAAGAAGCUCGAGCACUCCAGUUGGAAAACGAGUUGUGCACGAUAACGAUUGGAGACCGGAGUGUUCAUGAAUACUGCAAGAAAUUGAAAAACCUUUCUGAUCUCCUUUCAAAUAUCGACUCCCCGGUGACCGACCGUGGACUUGUGCUUCAUCUUCUCAACGGCUUGACGGAUAAGUUCUAUAGCAUCAUCAACAGGAACGUCUCCAAACAACACCGUGUGACCCCUACCACAUCUCAUCAUCCAUCCUCCCCUGACGUACUAUUCACAUCAUCAGACCAUUACCCUCGUCAUCAACAACAAUUGGGAUCUUUCUAUCGUGGUGGCGGUCGUGGUCGCGGUCGUGGCGGACGCAACAAAAGUGGCGGACGUGGUCAUCCUCACAACAACUACUGGCCCCCAUCCUCGAACAAUUGGAAUUAUGGCGCUCCUCAAACUCCAUAUUCAUAUGCUUAUGGGCCGACACCACCACCAAACUACGUCACUACUCCUUUCCAACACUCUGUUCGACCUCCAUAA